CCGGGCGGGAGGACGCUGCCACCCACAGCCCCGGGAGCUCACUGCAGCGGGUCCCCCAGCGCAGACGGCAGCGGCUGCGCGAGCCCUGCCCAGGGCCGGGGCCGUGGCAGCCACAGGAGCAGGAAAAGAACCAUGUUCCCAGGCUGCCCACCCCUCUGGGUCCUGGUGGUCCUGGGCACCAGCCGGGCAGGCUGGGGGAGCCCAGGGGCCGAGGCAGCGCAGCUAAGGCAGUUCUACGUGGCCGCUGAGCACAUCAGUUGGAGCUACCGCCCUGAGCCCACAAACCUAAGUUUGAAUCCUUUUGCAACUUCCUUUAAGAAAAUUGUCUACAGAGAGUAUGAAGCAUAUUUUAAGAAAGAAAAACCACGAUCUAGCAUUUCAGGACUUCUUGGGCCCACUUUAUAUGCUGAAGUUGGAGACAUCAUGAAAAUUCACUUUAAGAAUAAGGCAGACAAGCCCUUAAGCAUCCAUCCUCAAGGAAUUAAGUACAGUAAAUUCUCAGAAGGUGCUUCCUACCCUGACCACACAUCCCCUGUGGAGAAGAUGGAUGAUGCAAUAGCUCCAGGCCAAGAAUAUACCUAUGAGUGGAUUAUUAGUGAGGACAGUGGGCCUACCCACGAUGACCCUCCCUGCCUCACACAUAUCUAUUAUUCCCAUGAGAAUCUGGUACAAGACUUCAACUCUGGACUGAUUGGACCUCUGCUUAUCUGUAAAAAAGGCACCCUAAGUGAGGAUGGGACUCAGAAGAUGUUUGAGAAGCAACUUGUGCUGCUGUUUGCUGUGUUUGACGAAAGCAAGAGCUGGAGCCAGUCAUCAUCGCUAAUGUACACUGUCAAUGGCUAUGUGAACGGGACAAUGCCAGAUAUAACGGUUUGUGCCCAUGAUCACGUCAGCUGGCAUCUGAUUGGAAUGAGCUCUGGGCCGGAAAUGUUCUCCAUUCAUUUCAAUGGCCAGGUCCUGGAGCAGAACCAUCAUAAGGUCUCAGCCAUCACCCUCGUCAGUGCUACAUCCACCACUGCAAAUAUGACUGUGAGCACAGAGGGAAAGUGGAUUAUAUCUUCUCUCACCCCAAAACAUUUGCAAGCUGGGAUGCAGGCUUACAUCAACAUUAAAAACUGCCCAAAGAAAACCAGAAUGCCUAAGAAAAUGACUCUUGAGCAAAGGCGGCACAUUAAAAGGUGGGAAUACUUCAUUGCUGCGGAAGAAGUCAUCUGGGACUAUGCACCUAUAGUACCAGCAAAUAUGGACAAAAAAUACAGGUCUCUGCACUUGGAUAAUUUCUCAAACCAAAUUGGAAAACAUUAUAAGAAAGUUGUUUACAAACAGUACGAAGAUGAAUCCUUCACCAAACGUGAAGAGAAUCCCAAUAUCAAAGAAGAUGGGAUUUUGGGUCCUGUUAUCAGAGCCCAGGUCAGAGACACACUCAAAAUCACAUUCAAAAAUAUGGCCAGCCGUCCCUAUAGCAUUUACCCUCAUGGAGUGACCUUCUCUCCUUAUGAAGACGAAGUCAACUCUUCCUCCACCUCAGGCAGUAACACCAUGAUCAGAGCAGUAAAACCAGGGGAAACCUAUACUUAUAAAUGGAACAUCCUAGAGUUUGAUGAACCCACAGAAAAUGAUGCCCAGUGCUUAACAAGACCGUACUACAGUGACGUGGACAUCAUGAAGGACAUUGCCUCUGGGCUAAUAGGACUACUUCUAAUUUGUAAGAGCAGAUCCUUGGACAAGCGAGGCAUACAGAGGGCAGCAGACAUUGAACAGCAGGCUGUGUUUGCUGUGUUUGAUGAGAACAAAAGCUGGUACAUUGAAGACAAUAUCAACAAGUUUUGUGAAAAUCCUGAUGAGGUGAAACGUGAUGACCCCAAGUUUUAUGAAUCAAACAUCAUGAGCACUAUCAAUGGCUAUGUGCCUGAGAGCAUACCCACUCUAGGAUUCUGCUUUGAUGACACUGUCCAGUGGCACUUCUGCAGUGUGGGGACCCAGGAUGACAUUUUGACCAUUCACUUCACUGGGCACUCAUUCAUCUAUGAAAAGAGGCAUGAGGACACCUUGACCCUCUUCCCUAUGCGUGGAGAAUCUGUGACUGUCACAAUGGAUAAUGUUGGAACAUGGAUGUUAACUACUAUGAAUUCUAGUCCAAGAAGCAAAAACCUCAGGCUGAGAUUCAGGGAUGUUAAAUGUAUCCUAGAUGAUGAUGAAGACUCAUAUGAGAUUUACGAACCUCCAUCCUCUACAGCCCUGGCUACAAGGAAAAUGCACGAUUUUCCAGAAAGUAAUGAUGAUGGGAGUGAUGCUGAAUACGAUUACCAGUAUACAUUGGCUUCAGAAUUAGGAAUUAGGUCACUCAGAAACUCAUCAUUGAAUCAGGAGGAAGACAAGUUCAAUCUCACUGCCCUAGCUCUGGAGAACAGCUCUGAAUUUAUUUCCCCAAUUACAGAUACAGCUGUGGGUUCAAAUUCUUCUUCCCCAAGUAAUGUUAGCAGUCUCAUUGUCAGUGAUCUCGCAGGACCUCAGAAAACCCUUCCCAACCCAGGAGCCGCCACAGCUGGUCACCCUCUGGGACACUUUGAUGGCUUAGACAAGAACUCAGUUCUCAACUCUUCCAUGGCAGAACAUUCCAGUCCAUAUUCUGAAGACUCCAGUGAGGAUCCUCUACAGUCAGAUGUCACAAGGAUAAGCCUACUUCCACGUGGGGCAGGAGGAUUCAGACGUCAACAACAGGCUAAACAUAAGGGACCCAAGGCAGAAAGAGACCAAGCAGCAAAGCACAGGUUCUCUCAGAUGAAAUUACUAGCACGUAAAACUGGGAGACAUUUCAGCCAAGACAAUGGUUCUCCUUCUGGGAUGGGGCCCUGGGAGGACCUUCCUAAUGAUCUGUUACUCUUAAAAGAAAAGAAUCCAUCUAAGAUUUUGAAUGGGAAAUGGCAUUUGGUUUCUCAGAAAGGUAAUUAUGAAAUAAUCCAAGAUACUGAGGAAGACAUGGCUGUUAAUCAGCCACUGACCAGCCCCCAGAAUGUCUCAAGUACUUGGGGUUCAGAAAUCACCCCCAUUAUAAACAAGCCUGGGAAUCAGAGUGGUGAACCAAAGUUCUCUAGAGUUAGACAUAAAUACCUACAUGUAAGACAGGAUGGAAAAAAUAGUGGAUUGAAGAAAAGCACACUUUUCAUUAAGACACGAAAAAAGAAAAAGGGAGAGAAGCUUGGAUACCAUGUUCUUCUAUCUCCCAGGGGCUUUCACCCUCUAAGAGGUGAGGCCUCUGCCACAUUUUCAGAGCAAAUGUUGAAUCAUUCAUUGUUGCUCCGUAAGUCCAAUGAGACAUCCCUUCCCACAGACCUCAAUCAGACAUUGCCCUCUAUGAAUCUUGACCUGAUGGCCUCACUUCCUGACCACAAUCAGAAUCCCCUAAAUGACACUAGUCAGACAAGCUCACCUCCAGAUCUUUAUCAGACAGUGCUCCCAGAGGAACACUAUCAAACUUUCCCUACUCAAGACCCUGAUCAAACGCACUCUACUACAGACUCCAGUCACAGAUCCUCUCCUCCAGAGCUCAGCUGGAUGCUCGACUAUGCACUAAGUCACCAGUCCUUCCCUGCUGACAUUGGUCAAAUGUCCCCAUACUUGGAACAUGAAGUCUGGCAGACAACCAUUUCUGCAGAUGUCAGCCAAUCAUCCCUCUCUCCAGACCUGGCUACCAUCUCUCCAGACCUCACUCAAUCAUCCCUCUCCCCAGACCUGGCUACCAUCUCUCCAGAACUCAGCCAAUCAUCCCUCUCCCCAGACCUGGCUACCAUCUCUCCAGACCUCACUCAAUCAUCCCUCUCCCCAGACCUGGCUAGCAUCUCUCCAGACUUCACUCAAUCAUCCCUCUCCCCAGACCUGGCUAGCAUCUCUCCAGACCUCAGACAAUCAUCCCUCUCCCCAGACCUGGGCACCAUCUCUCCAGACCUCAGCCAAUCAUCCGUCUCCCCAGACAUGAGUACCUUCUCUCCAGAUCUCAGCCAAUCAUCCCUCUCCCUAGACCUGGGUACCAUCUCUCCAGACCUCAGCCAAUCAUCCCUCUCCCCAGACAUGGGUACCUUAUCUCCAGAUCUCAGACAAUCAUCCCUCUCCCCAGACCUGGGCACCAUCUCUCCAGACCUCAGCCAAUCAUCUGUCUCCCCAGACAUGAGUACCUUCUCUCCAGAUCUCAGCCAAUCAUCCCUCUCCCCAGACCUGGGUACCAUCUCUCCAGACCUCAGCCAAUCGUCCCUCUCCCCAGACCUAGGUACCAUUUCUCCAGACCUCAGGCAAUCAUCCCUCUCCCCAGCCCUUGGCCAGAUGACACUCUCUGCAGAACUCACUCAGACAAGGCUUUCGCUAGACGUCAGUCAGAUGCCCCUUUCUCCAGACCUCAGCCACACAACGCUUUCUCCAGACCUCAGCCACACAACGCUUUCCCUAGAUCUCAGUCAAGUGCCCCUUUCCCCGGAUCUCAGUCAGACAACCCCCUCCCCAGACCUCGGUCAAAUGUCCCUUUCCCCAGACCUCAGCCAGAUGACGCUUUCUCCAGACCCCAGUGAAACAAAUGUUUCCCCAGACUUCAGUCAGAUACCCCUUUCUUCAGCCCUCGGGCGGGUGGCUCUCUCUCCAGACAUCAGUCUGACAACCCUUCCUCCAGAUCUCAGGCAGACAUCACCUCCUCCAGACCUUGAUCACACAUUCUACUCUUCUGAGUCUAGUCAGUCAUUACCUCUUCCAGAAUUUAAUGAGACUUUUUCUUAUUCAGACCUUGGUCAGAUGCCAUCUCCUACACUCAAUGACAGUUUUAUAUCAAAGGAAUUGAAUCCACUGGUUGUAGUAGGCCUCAGUAGAGAUGAUGGAGAUUAUAUUGAGAUUAUUCCAAGGCAGGAGGACCAGGGCAGUGAUGAAGACUAUGUUGAAAUUGAUUAUGUGGCCUAUAGUGACCCCUACCAAACUGAUAUUAGGACAGACAUCAACUCCUCCAGAAAUCCUGACAACAUCGCAGCAUGGUACCUCCGCAGCAACAAUGGAAACAGAAGAAAUUAUUAUAUUGCUGCAGAAGAAAUAUCCUGGGAUUAUUCAAAAUUUGCACAAAGUGAAAUGGAUAAUGAAGACACUGAUGAUAUUCCAGAGGGUGCCAUAUACAAAAAAGUAGUUUUUCGAAAGUACCUUGACAGCACUUUUACCAAACGUGAUCCUCAGGGAGAGUAUGAGGAGCAUCUUGGCAUUCUUGGUCCUGUUAUUAGAGCCGAAGUGGAUGACGUCAUCCAAGUUCGUUUUAAAAAUUUAGCUUCCAGACCAUAUUCUCUUCAUGCUCACGGACUUUCCUAUGAAAAAUCAUCAGAGGGAAAGACUUAUGAAGACGACUCUCCUGAAUGGUUUAAGGAAGAUAAUGCUGUCCCACCAAACAGCAGUUACACAUACGUGUGGCACGCCACUGAUCGAUCGGGGCCAGAAAGCCCUGGCUCCGCCUGCCGGGCUUGGGCCUACUACUCAGCUGUGAACCCGGAAAAAGAUAUCCACUCGGGCUUGAUAGGGCCCCUUCUGAUCUGCCAUAAAGGAACACUUCAUAAGGAGAGCAACAUGCCCAUGGACAUGAGAGAAUUUGUCUUACUUUUUAUGGUCUUUGAUGAAAAGAAGAGCUGGUACUAUGAAAAGAAGUCCAAAAGGUCUUGGAGACUUGCAUCCUCAGAAGUAAAAAACUCCCAUGAGUUUCAUGCCAUUAAUGGGAUGAUCUACAACUUGCCUGGCCUGAGAAUGUUCGAGCAAGAGUGGGUGAGGUUCCACCUGCUGAAUGUGGGCGGCUCCCAAGACAUUCACGUGGUUCACUUCCAUGGGCAGACCUUGCUGGAAAAUGGCCAUCAACAGCACCAGUUAGGGGUCUGGCCCCUUCUGCCUGGUGCAUUUAAAACUCUUGAAAUGAAGCCAUCAAAACCUGGUUGGUGGCUCCUAAACACAGAGGUUGGAGAAAACCAGAAAGCAGGGAUGCAAACACCAUUUCUUGUCAUAGACAAAGAAUGUAAGAUGCCAAUGGGACUAAGCACUGGUAUCAUAUCUGAUACACAGAUCAAGGCUUCUGGGCAUCUGGGGUAUUGGGAGCCUAGAUUGGCAAGAUUAAACAACAUUGGAUCAUAUAAUGCUUGGAGUGUAGAAAAACCUGCAACAGAAUCUGGCUCUAACCCUUGGAUCCAGGUGGACAUGCAAAAGGAAGUUGUAAUCACAGGGAUCCAGACCCAAGGUGCCAAACACUACCUGAAGUCCCUGUAUACUGCAGAGUUCAAUGUGGCCUACAGUUCUGACCACACCAACUGGCAGAUCUUCAAAGGGAACAGCACAAGGAAUGUGAUGUAUUUUGAUGGCAAUUCAGAUGCAUCUUCAAUAAAAGAGAAUCAGUUUGACCCACCUAUUGUGGCUAGAUAUAUUAGGAUCUCUCCAACUAGAUCCUAUAACAGACCUACCCUUCGAUUGGAACUGCAAGGUUGUGAAGUGAAUGGAUGCUCCACACCACUGGGUAUGGAAAGUGGAAAGAUAGAAAACAAGCAAAUCACAGCUUCCUCCUUUAAAAAAUCUUGGUGGGGAGAUUACUGGGAACCCUCCCGUGCCCGUCUUAAUGCCCAGGGACGUGUGAAUGCCUGGCAAGCCAAGGCAAACAACAACAAACAGUGGUUACAAAUUGAUCUACUCAAAAUCAAGAAGAUAACUGCGAUGACAACGCAGGGCUGCAAGUCUCUGUCCUCUGAAAUGUAUGUGAAGAGCUACACCAUCCACUACAGUGACCAGGGAGUGGAAUGGAAACCUUACAGGCAGAAAUCCGCCAUGGUGGACAAGAUUUUCGAAGGAAAUAGUAAUACCAAAGGACACGUGAAGAACAUUUUCAACCCCCCAAUCAUUUCUAGGUUUAUCCGCAUCAUUCCUAAAACAUGGAAUCAAAGUAUUGCACUUCGCCUGGAACUCUUUGGCUGUGAUAUUUACUAGAAUUGAAUAUUCAUAAGCACAGGAAAGAAUCUUUAAGACAUCAAACCAUUUAGAGCGAGCAAUGUAUUUUGUGACUAUUUUAAAUGUUAACAAUUUCCUACUAUUUCUCUUUUUUUUCUAUUAAAGAAUAAAAUUUUAUAAGAAACUUCUAUAACUCCUUGCUACCAUUAAGUGAGAUGGUGGCUAUAUUUCUCCAUUAAUUUGAAUAUAGAUGGGAAAAUAUCAAGAACCAACAAGAAAAUGACUUAUCUUUCACAAUGAUUAAAAAUGCCUUAACAUG